CCAGCACGUUAAAUUCAAAGCAAGCUUCUGAAAAAAAAAAUGGAUAGAAGUUGGUGGGGGAGGGGAGAAAAAGAAGGAACUGGGAAGAGAGAAGGAGAGGAAGUUAAACCUCCCCUCUGGGUCUGGUCUUCCCAUCUUCCCAGUAAAGCAAACAUGGCAUCUUCCAUGAGGAGCUUGUUCUCUGAUCACAGCAGAUAUGUGGAAUCUUUUCGCAGGUUUCUCAGUCAUUCCACGGAACACCAGUGCAUGCAGGAAUUCAUGGACAAGAAACUGCCAGGCAUAAUAGCAAGGACUGGAGACACAAAAUCAGAAAUUAAGAUUCUAAGCAUUGGCGGAGGUGCAGGUGAAAUAGACCUGCAAAUUCUGUUUAAAAUACAGGCUCAGUACCCAGGAGUUCUUAUCGACAAUGAAGUUGUUGAACCAAGUGUUGAACAAAUCACUAAAUACAAAGAGCUUGUAGCCAAGACAUCAAACCUCGAGAACAUAAAGUUUGCUUGGCAUAAGGAGACAUCAUCUGAAUAUCAAAACAGAGUGACAGAGAAAAAAGAAUUUCAGAAGUGGGACUUUAUUCAUAUGAUUCAGAUGCUAUAUUAUGUGAAAGACAUCCCAGCUACCCUGAAAUUCUUCCAUAGUCUCUUAGCUACCAACGCUAAGAUGCUCAUUAUUCUAGUGUCAGGAGCUAGUGGCUGGAACAAGCUGUGGAAAAAGUAUGGAUCUCGUUUACCCCUGAAUGACCUCUGCCAGUAUGUCACAUCAUCUGACCUCACACAGAUGCUGGACCAGUUGGGGAUUAAGUAUGAGUGUUAUGACCUUUUGUCCACCAUGGACAUAUCUGAUUGUUUUAUUGAUGACAAUGAAAAUGGAGACUUGCUUUGGGAUUUUUUAACAGAAACUUGCAACUUUACCACAACAGCACCGCCUGAUCUCAAAGCAGAAAUCAUGAAAGAUCUACAGGAGCCUGAAUUCAGUGUCAAGAAAGAGGGGAAGGUUCUUUUUAAUAACAGCCUGAGUUUCAUAGUGGUUGAGGCAUAAAGGUCAACCAUGAGGAUGUUUUUAAAAGUUAUAAUUUAAACAGUGUUAAUCAUUACUUUCUGUAUUAAAAUGACAAGUGUAUGUCAUGAUAUAAAAUAUAAUCCUUAAUAUGUAAAACCUCAAAAACUCAAAGACAUACUUUAACCUCCAGGUAGAAUCAUAUGAUCUUACACCACACUGUUUUCUGUUAAAGAGACCACAUGGAGACUAAGUAGCAGCAUUGUGGAACAAAAUGAGACAACUAAGUUUGUUUCACUGGCUUGUUAACCAUAGAUUUUUUUAUCCCAUUUAUUGAGGGUAUUGGAAUUUUGUAGAAUACCAAUAAAGUAUGGCUGUGGAUUCUUUAAAUACUAGUAAGGUUUAUGAUUAUUGAUCAUUUGAAUGCUAAAUAAUAUAUUUACUAUUGAUUUUCUUCAUGGUAAAGAAUUACUUGUUUGUAUUAAUUUCUCUUUUUGUAGUAAUUUUUAUAUUUCAAUUGCGAUCUCAUUUUUAUUCACACAAAAAUAAACACUUUACAGUAUUGUAAAAUUA